AUGGACCAAUCCCAGGUCAACAAAGACUCCACCACAACAAUUGAUCUUGAAAAGAAUGCAGACGAGGGCUCCUUAGCCGGAGCUCUCGGCUCAGAGAAAGAGAAAAUAGUCGUUGUUACUGUUACUCCACUUCCUGAUCCACUGGUAGAUGGAUCUGAUUCGGAUUCUGAGGAUGAUUAUAAGUACCCCGAGGGUGGAUUGCAAGCUUGGCUAGUUGUCUUUGGAUCAUGGUGUGGCAUGUUUUGCAGUUUCGGUAUUGCAAAUUCCACAGGUUCAUUCCAAGCUUACUUAGCUACGAACCAGUUGGCAUCUUAUUCUGAUUCGCAAAUUGGAUGGAUUUUUUCACUAUACUCAUUCAUUUUGUUUAUUGGCGGCAUUUACAUUGGACCUGCAUUCGACGUUUAUGGGCCAAGAUAUUUGGUCCUGCCAGGAAGCAUUUUGCUUGUCCUUUCCAUCUUCCUCUUUGGGGAGUGUACUGAAUACUGGCAUUGGAUCGCCGUAUUCAGCAUACUCGGUGGUUUUGCAAGUUCGCUGACCUUUACUCCAUCAGUCGCAGUAAUUGGCCACUGGUUCAAUAAGAAGCGUGGAAAUGCAACUGGAAUUGCAGCCACUGGUGGUGCUGUCGGUGGCAUUGUUUUCCCGCUUCUCUUAGAGAACCUCAUUCCAAAGAUUGGUUUCUCAUGGACAAUGCGUGUAAUGGGUUUCAUCUUCGUUUUCAUCACCGCUUUAGCCAACCUCCUCAUUAAACCGCGUCUGCCACGUUCCCGAACUGCUCAAAGCCCUCAUCCAGAUAUCAAAAUCUUCAAGAAGCCAGAUUUUGCCUUCACGGUAUUGGGUGUCUAUCUCCUUGAAUGGGGGUUUUUUAUUCCAGUCACUUAUAUUACAUCCUACGCUCUCUAUCAAGGAUUUGAUGCAAGAAUCUCCUACCAAUCUCUGUCCAUCCUAUCUGCUGCAUCUGUUGUCGGCCGUUUCCUCCCAGGCUUGGUAGCUGAUAUGAUUGGCCGUUUCAACACUAUUAUUAUGGCACUCUCUCUUACUGUAUUUGCCUGUUUUGUUGUCUGGCUUCCUUUCGGAAACACUUACGCGGGUUUAAUUUGCACCGUCAUAAUACUCGGUUUUGCAUGCGGUAGCAAUGUCGGUUUAACCCCCGUUUGCGUGGGCCAAUUGUGCGACACCAAGGAUUAUGGCAGAUAUUACGCAACUUGUUAUUCAGUUGUCAGUAUUGGAUGUUUGACCGGUGUUCCAAUCGCCGGCGUUCUAAUUGAGGCUUGCGGGGGUGCUUACUGGGGAUUGAUCUUGUUCACUGGUCUGUGCUAUGCUUCUAGCGCAGUUGCAAUGGCAUGCGCAAGAGGUUAUGGUGGCGGAUGGAAAUUGAAUGCUAAAUUCUAG